AUGGAUUUCAUCGAUUAUUUUGAAAACAAUUAUAUUGGGCGUCGAACUCGUAAUAAUCGUCGUCAUGUUCCGCAUUUUCCAAUAACUUUGUGGAAUUGCUUUUUACGGUUGAAUCAACAACUUCCAGAUACAAAUAAUUCUUCAGAAGGAUGGCAUCAUGCACUUAAAAAUUCGGCUCGUAAAAAUCCAUCUAUUUAUGAAUCUAUUAAAGAUCUUCAAAUGGAACAACAUGCAGAUUUAAUUCUGGCUGAGAAAUUAGAACUCGUUUAG